CCUUACAGUUUUAUUGAUUAUAAAUAGAAAUCUUAUGAACCUCAUGAUAUACUCUUAAAUACCAUUCGCAUUUGCGUUAUUAAGAUUCAAACUCUGUUACAAUGCCGAAGAACUCAUUCCGUUGCCGGAAUGGUUCCGGCGAGCUCGACGUGUUCGAGGCCGCAAAGUAUUUCUCGUGCUACAACGAAGCAGCAAGCUACAAUUGUGCAACACUAAUCAGCCAAAAAAUCACACGGGACGAGAGGCAGCCUCCGAAAGGAGGUCGGAUCAGCUUGGACGUACCGAUGAGAAGAAACCCUCUUCUUCAACAGUCUCAUUCGUCGGAAAAACGAGUUAACAACAAAGAGCAAAAACACAAGCAACCGAGUUCACCGGGUGGUAAGCUCGCCAGCUUCUUGAACUCACUUUUCAAUCAAACGGGUUCCAAAAAGAAGAAAAACUCUAAAUCCUGUACCACACAAUCCAUGAAGGGUGAAGAAGAAAGCCCCGGUGGUGGAAGAAGGAAAAGGAGGAUGAGUAUUAGCCAUUUCCGUAGCGACGAUACGAAGUCGUUUUAUUCUUCUUCCAGCUCUGGUUUCAGAACACCACCUCCUUAUGCAGCGGCCACUCCUACAAAAAACUACAAAGGUAGUGAUCUUUUGAAUGAAAAAAGGAAUGAGAAUUCGAAGUUCAUUGAUGGGAUUUUAGAAAAAUACAAGAAUCUCGAUACCCAUCAUCGGGAUAUGAAUAACAGGAACGUUAGGGUUGAUCGGUAUGAAUCAGAAGAGAAGGGUUUCGGCCGGAAGUUUUGUGAGAUUGCUGAUGGUGCAGAUAGUGAUUCGAGCUCCGAUCUUUUCGAGUUGAAAAGCUAUGAUUUAGGAAGCUAUUCCAGUGGUUUGCCUGUGUUUGAAACUACGAACAUGGAUAGCUUCAAGAGGGGAGCACCGGUUUCCAAUGGUGCCCUUUGAGACUUGUACACUUUUUUCUUUAAAAAUCUGUGUUCAUUUUGUUUUCCAUCGCCAUUGAAGACUGUGAUAACUG